GGGCAGGAAGCUGGCGGUGGAGUCCCCACUGCAGAGCAAGAGGCAGUGUGUGCUCAGCGGGAACACAGCUGCAGUGUUGGGGUGCUAAGCAGGCUCCCUAAAGCCACCCCUUCUGGGUAAGGCUCCCGUUAGGCUGAGCAGCUGUGGAAGGAGUACUGUGCAGCCCCGUGCUCCUCCUUGCUGCUCCCUGAAGCUGUUGGCUCCUGGACGCAGCUCGGCAUGGAACAGCCCCUUGAGCACCCUAGGCAGCCCACGGAUGGUGAGGCUGGCACAGCUGGUGGGGAUGAUGGUAGCAUGAGUGAGAACCCUUAUGCGGGGCUGGUGAGCCGCCUGCGGGCAGCCUGGCUCUCAGGGAGGACACGGUCCUUGGAGUACCGCAUGGCACAGCUGGAGGCCCUGGGCCGCUUCCUGGAGGAGAAGAAGCAGGACAUCCUGGAGGCCACCGCCUUGGACAUGCACAAGCCACCCUUCGAGGCUGAGUUCUCUGAGGUCCUUCUGUGCAAGAACGAGCUCAAUGAAGCCCUGAACAACCUGUCCCGGUGGAUGAAGGACAAGCAUGUGGACAAGAACCUGGCAACGCAGCUGGACUCGGCUUUCAUUCGCAAGGACCCCUAUGGGGUAGUGCUCAUCAUUGGGCCCUGGAACUACCCCAUCUACCUCCUCCUGGUGCCCCUCAUUGGGGCCAUCGCUGCUGGUAACUGUGUCAUCAUCAAACCCUCAGAGCUGACCAAGAACAGCGAGAAACUCAUGGAGGAAGUGCUGCCCAAAUACUUGGACAAAGACUGCUUUGCCGUGGUGACUGCUGGCGUGGAGGAGACCACCAGGCUGCUGGAGAACAAGUUUGACUACAUCUUCUUCACCGGCAGCCCCUCAGUGGGCAGGAUCAUAAUGACAGCUGCCGCCAAGCACCUGACACCGGUGACGCUGGAGCUGGGGGGCAAGAACCCCUGCUACGUGUCCGACACCUGCGAUGUGCAGAACGUGGCCCGGCGGGUGGCCUGGGGACGCUUCUUCAAUGCGGGGCAGACCUGCAUUGCACCCGACUAUGUCCUGUGCAGUGUGGAGAUGCAGGAGAAGCUGAUGCCUGCUCUGCGUGAGGCCAUCACUGAGUUCUAUGGCUCUGAGCCCCGCGAUUCCCCUGACUUUGCCCGCAUUGUGGGGGACGAGCAGUUCAAGCGCGUGCAGGCGCUGCUGAGCAGCGGGCGUGUGGCCAUCGGGGGACAGACGGACGAGAAGGAGCGCUACAUCGCCCCUACGGUGCUGGUGGAUGUGAAGCCCUCUGACCCUGCCAUGCAGGAGGAGAUCUUUGGCCCUAUCCUGCUCAUCAUCACAGUGGCCAAUAUGGAUGAAGCCAUUGACUUCAUCAACAGCCGUGAACGGCCUCUGGUUGUAUAUGCCUUCUCCUCUGACAACAAGGAGGUGAACCAAGUGCUGGAGAGGACGAGCAGUGGGGGCUUCUGUGGCAACGACACCCUGAUGCACGUGACGCUGACCUCACUGCCCUUCGGUGGUAUCGGGUCCAGCGGAAUGGGGAUGUGCCACGGCCAGUUCACCUUUGACACCUUCACCCACCACCGCGGCUGCCUGCAGCGUGGCACCGGCCUCGAGCCCAUCAACACCCUGCGCUACCCCCCUUACAGCACCCACAAGAUGGGGCUGAUCCGCACUGCCACCUCAAUCAAGCGCCGUGGGGAAUGCUUCCUGCUCUGAGGGGCCGCCAGGGCCACCGUGGUGCCUCCACAGCCAUGGGGGCCCUCCAGCCCAAUCUGCUGCUGUGGACUCCGAGUGCCUCGCUGUAGCUGUCACUGGCUUGGUGACACCCAUGGCCACCUGCCUAUCAGUGUGUGGUGGAGCUGGUAGCCAGUGGGAUGGGAGAAAAGAAGGAGUUGGGGCUAAGGGGUGGAACCAACUAUAGAUGGUGGCCCCCCGUCUCCAAUGUCUCACUGCGCUCCCCAGUUCUUGGUGCCCCACUUCACCCUCAGUGCCCCCCAACUCCCACUUCUCCCAUGUCUCCUGGCAUGUCCCACGCAUCUCCCAUUGCCCCUCGUGUCUCCCUGUGCUCCCCACACCCACCCGUGCCCAGCUGGACCCUUGUGUAAUGAAGUUGGAGCCCUCACCUAUGAGCAGAUGCCCUCCCAAUUGCUGGGAAAGGCUCUCCAGAUCCUUGCUGCAACCGGGCUCCCAGCAACUGCAGAUCUGGAUGAAGGUAAAGUACGAGGGCAAUCGGUGACAUAUCUUUCUCAAUCACUAUCCUCAUGUACUAAUGGUUAGCUGCAUUGCCGCGUUCUAUUUUUGCUGUUUAAUUUCACUUACUAUCUCGUUGCUGAAGUAAAGAUAACUGCACUUCUUCAACUCGGUGUC